AUGGCCGCGCGAGAUUCAGAUGAUUCUGUCGACUUUACAGACGAAGGAGAGCUUGCCGAAGUCAACAGCCUCGUCAAGAAAAUUUUUGACAUUUUGAACAGGGAGACUUCUCGGGUUCGUAAGGAAAAAGAAGCUUUUGAUGAUGUAGCAAAGAAACUCGAGCACGUCCAUUUUUCUAAGACGUUAAAGCUGAACAUUGGCGGCCAACUGUUUACAACGAGUCUAGAGACAAUGAAGAAAGAUCCUGGGUCAAUGCUACAUGCGAUGUUUUCCGGUAGAUUUGAUUCAAAGCCCGCUGAAGACGGUUCCUACUUCAUUGACCGUGAUGGAACUCACUUCCGAUAUAUCCUGAACUACCUUCGAACAGGGCAGCUAGUUGUUCCAGAAGACAAGAUCAUUCGUAAAGAGUUGUUAACUGAAGCUGAGUUUUACCAAGUCCAAGGAAUCAUUGAUGAGCUCAAAGCCAGCCCCUUUGAAGAUUCCUUUAUUUUGUCCACAGAGCACCGCCAAACCUUGACCAAUUGGUUGAAACACACGCUGACAAGUGCUGGCCACACCUACUCCCUGAUAUAUCGCGCCUCUCGUAAUGGCUGGGCAGCCUCCAACUUUCACUCUUUCUGCGAUCGCAAGGGACCAACUGUGGUGGUUGUCAAAAGUGGGAAUUAUAUCUUUGGAGGCUACACAGAACAACACUGGGACUGUAAGUAGCAUAGGGGAACUCAUAGCUCUUUAAAACAAAAGCAACGGGGUUAAAAUUUGUGACUGAUUGGUUUGAUAUAGCAGGGCAGUCAGUAAGAUAAUUCAAUUGCUCGGUGUAUGCAUUUAGCAAGUGUCCUACCAUCCCAAUGUUGUCUAGUCUGAAAUGUCCCACGUCUCCACCCCCUGAACCCGUGGGGGCACAGGGGAAAGAGGUGUCUUAAUUGUGAGCAUUAUAGAGUUGUCUGGUGACAUCACCUACUUUUGCAAAUAUGGCAGGUAUUUUUUUGGAUUGGCUAUUGCAUGUAAGUUUCUGAAAAACCAACCCUUUUAUUACUGGCUCAACGGGCUGAGGAAAACAUCCAGUUCGAAAUAGUGUUGACAGGCCAAUGGCCUCUUCACUAAGUAAAGACUCAACCAUAGUGGCAUCUGAUGAGGAAAUGCUUUAAUUCCAAAACUGCAGUCUUGCUUUAGGCACUUGUAACAAAAAAUGCACCACCAGUACAGUCAGAUAGGCUAUUAAGCUAAAACAAAAUUAAUUGAAACAGAGGAACUGUAGGACAUCGCGCUCCGGUCCAAAGACUCUGACUUCUCUCAAGAAAAACAAAAUGGGCUGUAUCAGCGCCUAAGAAAUGAUAUUGACUGGCUCUCAGUACAAUUCUCCUUAGUUGGUGUUGCUUUGGUUUAAGCUACAAUCUGAAUCUGAAGUUCACUUACCAUGAGAAUUCAACAUCCUGCCGGCAAACUACACUUAAGGUCACUUUAAAAGAGCUUGGUCUAACGUCAAAACAUAGCAGGAAAUCAUCACAUUGACAAACUACACACAUGCAGCUUUUCAGGUACUUCAGAGAAAACGAAAUUAAUUAAUAUCUUCUUUGAAAGGUUAUUUAGCUUAAGGUUUCAACAGAGGUCAUAGAAAAUCAGUACUAAACCAUACAUCUGACAUCAAAUCCUGCCAGAAACAACACAGAAAAUAAUAAUUAUUAUUCAGUAUGUAUGAAUCAGACCAGCUUCAUGAUCGAUAUAAUGAAACCUUGUUAUGCCCACAAAGUAAGGAUCAGUAAUUUAGUGAUUUUUGCUGGGGAUUAAGCUUUUUUUCAUAUUAUUAGCAUCUCUCCAAUAGCAAGGUGUGCACAAGGUGAAGGGUCAACUCGAGUAAAAUUUAAUCUCUAUAAUUAUCUAUUACACAGAGUUCUCUUAGUCUACAAGAUUGAAAGCUUCUUACUAUUCCUACCAUAGUGACCAUAAUACUCUUUUAUUAUGUGGACACUUGGCCCUCUCACUUUGGAAUCUUGAUUAUGGGGGAUUUUGCUUUGCUCCAAACUGUCUUCCGUACAAUUGUUAAAGUAAAUAUGACAAAAAUAUUUUUAAGAAUCAAGUCAUUUUUUAUCUGACCGUUUCCUUUGCUGUUAGGAUUUCUGUGUUACAGACUGUCAAACCUCUUUAUUACAGAUACUAAGGGAACAAAAUCAAGUGUCUGUAUAAGAGAGGUUAGGAACUGUGUGAAGUUUGAUAAUUUUGGGACCAUAUCAUGCAGGCCUCAGUUAUUCAAAAGGUGCCGUGAUAGCACCUAUCUAGUGGAUAAAUCUCUAUCCAGUGGAAAGUGGUUUCCCAAUACUUCUCCGCUGGGUAGUGAUUUAUCCUCUGGAUAGCUCUACCCAACAUUUGAACAACUGGGGCCAGAACUAUAUCCAUGCUGGGGAAGUGUCCAAAUUAUAGACUGAAGUGUCUGUUAGGAGGGGUUGGACUGUAGUAAUUUGACCAGUGUUACAAUGUAUAUUAUAUAGAUACUGGUAACUCAUGUGGUUUAAAUGUCAAGGGGGGGGGGAGGGUGAGGGGUAGACAGUUGCACUUUGGAUGUUGAUGUAGCAUAUGCUGCCUGUUUCUUUAAACCUUCACUCUUAUCCAGACAAAAAUACAACAUUUCCUACACCCAUAUAGGACCUGCCUCCACUUUACGAACUCAAGGCAUCCUAAGUUAAUUUUUUUUUAUACCUUUUUCGUAGGUGUGGUGGGUUAAUUUCAUCCUUGGUCUCAAUUUUAUUUUCCUUUGUUUCAAACUCAUUAUCAUACAUUAUCAUAUAUUACCAUAUCCAAAAGCAAAGGAAAUUAAAAUUUAAACCAAGGAUAAAAUUGAACACAACAUUGGUAUAAUAUUUGUUUGUUAACAAAUUCCCCAUUGUUAUGAGCCAUUUAUUUGUUGAGAUAUAAUCUUAGAAGAAGAACUGUUUCUGAAUCUGGGGUCUAAGCCUCUUCAAUUCUUCAAUGGCACCGGCUUCUACACCAUGUUCUUAUAAGAAAAUGUGGAUCUGUCUGUCUGUGGUUUUUCUGAAGGAGAAAUCCCACAUUAAUAUACCCAAUGGUAUUUUUUGUAACCUAUCUUUCCCUGUUUUUGCCUUAAAAUAAAGAGGAGAAUAAUUUUGUUGACUUUCUCAGACCAAAUGCCAGACCAAAUGCCAGACCAAAAUGGUCGAAACAGUAAGCUCACUUCCCUUGAUUAUAAAAAAAAUUAUGGCUUAAAAACCAUACCAGCACAUCAAUAUACAGUUGAAACUCUCUAAGGCGGCCACCUUGGGGACAGAAGAAUUGGCCAUUGUUGAAACAAGAGUGAAUGUAUAGACUGUCCGCCCAAAAAAAAAAUUCUGUUGUAGAGAGGUGGCCGUUUGUGGAGGAUCGACGGUAGAUUUUAUAGGCUUGCUAGCCAAGGUCACUUUAUCAAUGCACACGUUUUUUCUUCCCAGCUAUUCCUAAUGGUGCCUACAGAACAGAUCCAAACUCCUUCCUUUUUAGCUUGGUGAAUCCCAGUGGUCUACAGCCUUCAAAGAUGUCUCUUAUUCCCGGAAAGGAGAGUUCUGCUGUUCAUUGCCACAGUGGAAGCGGGCCUAGAUUUGGAAGUGGAUUCGAUCUUCACAUUCCUAACGCGCCUAAUUCUAAUAAUUGCUCAGUUAACUUGAAUAAAACAUAUGAACUGCCUCCUGGACAGAAUGCUAACACCUUCCUAACUGGAAACCAGAAUUUUACUCUAGCCGAAAUGGAAGUCUUUAAGUUUGAAAAGUAA